AUAACGUUGUAUUUCUCCUAUAGGGUUAUGCUCCAGAUAGUCAGGUUGUAUUGGAUGCUAAGGAACUGGCAAAUAAACAUAAAACAGAGUUGUUCAUGACUCAUGACCCAAUGGAUGCAUUAGACUUGGCUGACAUUAUUGUAACAGACACAUGGAUUAGUAUGGGACAGGAAGAAGAGAAAGCAGAAAGACUAAAGGCAUUUGCUGGGUAUCAAAUAACAAAACGAAUGGCUUCUGUAGCCAAUAAAGACUGGUGUUUUCUGCACUGUUUACCAAGGAAGCAAGAAGAGGUCGAUGAUGAAGUUUUCUAUUCCAAUAGAUCAUUGGUGUGGCAGGAAGCUGAGAAUAGAAAGUGGACUGUAAUGGCUGUGAUGCUUUCACUUUUACAAGAUCACAAACUGACGACACCAAAACCAACAUUUUAACUGAUGUGAUGUAAAGCAAAAAACA